ACCAAGCGGGACCUUCAGUCAUUCCUUGGUUUUUGUAACUUCUAUCGCCGCUUCAUCAAGGAUUUCUCCAAGAUCGCACGACCGCUUCACAACCUUACAAAGAAAGAUGUUCCGUGGCAUUGGGAUACUGCUCAGCAGACUGCGUUCAGUGAGCUUAAAGAGAAGAUCACUUCAGAACCAGUUCUCGCUCUUCCACGCGAUGAAGGACAGUUCCGUGUGGAGGCAGAUGCCUCAGACUAUGCUGUUGGCGCAGUGCUUUCCCAAGAGCAAGAUGGGAAAUGGCAUCCAAUUGCGUUCCUCAGCAAAUCCCUCAAUGAUGCCGAACGGAACUACGAGAUUUACGAUAAGGUGAUGCUCGCAAUCAUGACCGCGUUGGAAGAUUGGCGACAAUACUGUUACGAACACCCACAACACUAUCCAUGA